GUUUCUUCCGGUUGCUGCCUUAUUGACAUCCGUCUCACUCCGCCCUGGUUCGCCGCUGCCCGAAGCAGACUUUCCCCGGGCUUCGUAGCAGCGUGUAUCCGUCACUCGGUGGGGGGAAGGGGGCGCUUUUCGGUGCCACAUGAGGAGCGGGCUGUAGGAGCUCAGCGGCCGGACAGGAGGGAGAAUGCUCGGGCUGCUGAUGCUGCUUCUCGGCGGGUGGCUGGAGGUCUGCUGCGGAGCCUCGGCGAACAGAGGCGGGUAUCCCACGUUCACGGACGAAAUCCCCUUCAGGAUCAGCUGGCCGGGUGCUGAAUUUACGCUGCCAGCUACUGGGGGACUUUACAAGGAAGAUGACUUUGUCAUCAUGACAACAACAGAGAAGGAGAAGUACAAAUGCCUCCUUCCCUCCCUGACAUCUGGAGAUGAGGAUGACGAUAAGGAGUACGGCGGACCGAGUCCGGGUGAGCUGCUGGAGCCGCUAUUCAAACGUAGCAGCUGCUCUUACAGGAUUGAGUCAUACUGGACAUAUGAAGUGUGCCAUGGAAAGCAUAUAAGACAGUACCACGAAGAGAAGGAGACUGGCCAGAAGAUUAGUGUUCAAGAGUACUUCCUGGGGAACGUGGCAGAGAAGAGCCAGUCGCCAGAAACCGAUAAACGUAAAGAGGAAGAAAAUGUCAAAUCAGCAGCUGAUAUUGAAGUGCCCACUAAGAACAUAGAAGGGCAGCUGACUCCCUUCUUUGCGUUGGAGAUGGGGAACGGGACCCCCUGUGUGCUGAAACAGAACGAGGCUCGCUCAACGUCUGUGCUGUACGUCUGUCAUCCAGAGGCCAAGCAUGAAAUCUUGUCCAUCGCCGAGGUCACGACCUGUGAAUAUGAGGUGGUGGUGUUGACACCGCUGCUUUGCGCACACCCAAAAUACAGGUUCAAGUCGUCCCCGGUGAACGCCAUCUUCUGCCAGUCUCUGGCAGGCUCCCCUUUGCAGCCUCGACGGCUCGCCCAGCUGGAUAAGGAGCAAGAGGAACAUCUCAAGCCGCCUUUCAGCGCCCCCUCUGGGACCAGAGAGGACGAGACGCCGCCGUUGAGGGAAGAGGCCUUCAGCUCCACCCACAAGCCCAUGACUGUCGGAGGGCAGCCUCAGGUCACCGUCGGCACCACCCACAUCUCCCGCUUGACGGAUGAUCAGCUGAUCAAGGAGUUCCUCAGUGGCUCGUACUGUCUCCACGGGGGGGUGGGGUGGUGGAAGUAUGAAUUCUGUUAUGGCCGGCACGUCCAUCAGUACCAUGAGGAUAGAGAGCAAGGAAGGAACACCGUGGUGGUGGGGAACUGGGAUGCCGCGGAGCACAAUGAGUGGGCCAAGAAGAACGUCGCCAGAUCCUACCAGCUCAAAGACGACGGAGCGCCGAAAGUCAAGUUGGUUUCCCACUUUUAUGGCCACGGGGAUGUUUGCGAUAUGACAGGGAAGCCCAGGCAGGUCAUCGUCAAGCUCAAAUGUAAGGAGUCUGAGUCUCCCCAUGCUGUCACUGUCUAUAUGCUGGAACCUCAGACUUGUCAGUACAUCCUUGGGGUUGAGUCUCCGGUCAUAUGCAGAAUUCUGGAUACUGCUGAUGAAUACGGACUUCUUUCAAUCUCCAGCUAAAUAAGCAAAGAUAAUUUGAUGGCAUCAGCACAUGAAGGAUGAGGAGAGGCUGGACAGAGAGAGAUGCACUUGGAGAGAGAGAGAGGACAUUUAUCAUAAAGCAGAAGCCUGUUUGGCGGAGGAAGAGAGAGAUGCCCGUAAAACUGCGCUAAAAACCACAAUCAGCGUUACACUGUGGUUAAACUUGAUGCUGAACCUCACGGCCCAAACUCAGCGCAUCUCCUGAUGUGUGCUACGGGCGAUGUUCCAUCUAGCAGGCCAGCUCAGACUGUAAUAACACAGUGAAUGGGUGCAGACGCCUCACUCCACAAGGCAGUGUGUUUGUUGCCUGUACUCCAUAGCUAGGCUUCACUUUGUGUUGAUUAAUUUUAAGGAAAGGAGUUCUGAAUCAGGGGAAUUACAUUAUUCAUGGUUUUAUUUUCUUAAAGAUUUACUUGUGUGUGUGUGUGAAAUGAUUUGCUGUUUGACUGUGGAUCUUUGCACUUGUGGAAAGGAGGGAAAGCAAGUGUGAGGGGUUCAUUUACAGGAUGAGUGAGGGUAACUUACGCAUUAGCGGUUGCUGUGGAAUAGAAAAAAAAUUGAAUGGUCGAUUAAAGUUUCCUUUUGAAGUUGUUGAGAUGUACAUGAAGUCUGGUUUUAUGUAGAUGCACACUGGAAUCCUGAUCGUUGCUGUUUCACAAGGAUACAAGCCAAUGCAUUUGCAGCAAAGGAUAAAAAUAAAACAUGAAAUCUAAA